AUGGCUGUCUCGGACGAUUUUCCGCUCUCCGAGAAGCGGGAAGAUGAUCACAAAAUAGAGCAACCCGACACAAUACAACAAGUUUCGAAGAAAGUCGCAAGCGGAGACGAUACCCACGCCGAAAAUGCCUCUCAAUCCGACAACAGCAGCCAGCACGGUAGCCCCAGAGUCGAGAAAGCCGGGAAACGUGAGCUCACAGAAGACGAGUGCUACGAUAAACUCGGCUUCUGCUUCCCCACCUACAAGAAAUGGAUUAUCAUCUCGGUGAUUUUUGUCGUGCAAAUGUCCAUGAACUUCAACACAGGUGUCUACGCCAGCGCCGUUACUGGCAUGACGGAGGAAUUCCACAUUAGCGAACAAGCCGCCCGAGUCGGGCAAUGUGUGUUCCUCGUCGCAUAUGCGUUUGGGUGUGAGCUUUGGGCGCCCUGGUCGGAGGAGUUUGGCCGUUGGCCCAUCAUGCAGCUCUCGUUGUUUCUGGUGAAUAUCUGGCAGAUUCCAUGCGCUUUGGCGCCUAACUUUGGCACUAUCGUCGUUUGCCGUAUUCUGGGUGGUUUGAGUUCUGCUGGUGGUUCCGUCACCCUGGGUAUGACGGCCGAUAUGUGGGAACCUGAUAACCAGGGCUACGCAGUGGCAUAUGUGGUGCUCUCUUCGGUGGGAGGCUCGACUAUUGGACCUUUCUUUGGUGGUAUUAUCGGCCAAUACCUGUCAUGGCACUGGGUUUUCUGGGUCCAAUUAAUCUUUGGUGGUGUCACACAAGCUAUGCAUUUCGUCUUGGUACCUGAGACUCGUGCUACACUUUUGGUCGAUAAGGAAGCCAAGCGUCGCCGGGAGGCUGGCGAGGAAGAGGUCUAUGGCCCGAAUGAACUUAAGAACCCUCGUCUAGAACUUCGCGAGGUUUUGACUAUCUGGCGUCGGCCUUUCGAGAUGUUCCUACUUGAACCUAUUGUGCUGUUCCUAUCCUUGCUCUCAGGUUUCUCCGACGCUCUGAUCUUCGUUUUCACCGAAUCAUUCACCCUGGUCUUUAAACAGUGGGACAUGUCCGUUCUGGCCAUCGGAAUGACCUUCGGUUCGAUUUUGAUCGGUUAUCUCCUCGCUUACUUCAUCUUCUUGCCCGACAUCUAUCGUCAAAUAAAGCUACGCUCCAAAGAAGGCGCCGCUAGUCGAUAUGCCGAGCGACGUCUUCUUCUCCUUCUCUUCAUAGCCCCCCUCGAGCCAAUCGGCCUACUUGGUUUCGCAUGGACCUCGAUGGCCUACGGUCCUUAUUCCGCAUCAGCAACCGGAGGUAACGGAUUCGCUCGUGAUUUCCUCGCUGGUAUCGCGACCAUGUACUCGACGCCGAUGUACACCAAUAUUGGCCAGAAAUAUCACCUUCAGUGGGCGAGUACCAUUCUAGGCUGUAUUGGCUUCUUGGUCUUAAUUCCUAUUUAUGUGUUCUAUUGGAAGGGUCCUGAGAUUCGGAAGAAGAGCAAGUUCGCCCAGCAGCUUGCGGCCGAUCGGGAGAUUCAUACUGAGCGGAGGCGAAGCCAGUUCAGAUCUAUUGAUGCCUCCUAG